UUACUGUUUGCUACAAUUGGAUAUGAGCUCUGUUUGCGGUGGGUUUGAUUACAAAAAUGCAGAGUCCCACAUCUCUGCUUCCAGCCCCAAUAAAUGUUCUAAUAAUGGUUCGAAUCAUGUCUCCGUUACCGGAUCUGAAGAUGCUCAGGAGUCUGAUGGGGAUGAUAGUGGUAAUAUACACCAAUAUCUGAAUGAAGAAUCCAAAGACAUCACCGAACCGGUGAUCCCAGAGCCUUUAUUACCUCUCAAGUCUUCCGAUGAUGAAGGAGAAGACAAGAACCUUGCCAAGGACAUGCUCUCUGAGAGUCCACAGGUGAGUGCUGCUAUUGUCAUCCCAGCCAUUAAAGGCAGCCGAGAGAAGCAUGGCAAGUCCGUCGAGAAGCUGAGCGUGUCAUGGGCUGAAGAUGUGUAUGAUCCUCCACCUUCCAUCGUCUCUCACACGAGGAGCAAGAAACAGCAGCAACAUCAGAAAUCAAAGAGCAGUUUGAAAAAGAGUGGAAAGAAAGGACACAAGGGAAGCAGUAGUUCAUCAUCAUCAUCAUCAUCGUCAUCCCGUGGCAGCAAAGACAAGAAGUCGUCAUCUUCUUCUUCUCGCAGUAAACACAGUCGUGAUAAGUUUGGAUGGGCAACACAAAUGCCUAUUGCAGCCGCAUCUUCUUGAUCGUCGUCUAUGGCAUGACCAUCUCUACUUUGCUAUGUCUCCUCUCUCUUUCUCUCUCUCUCUCUCUCACUCGCUUUCUCACUUGUUUAUAUAUAUAUAAAUAAAAGCUAUGGUGUGAAAACUUUUCUCGAGUUUCAGAACGAUUUUUGUUUUUUGUUUUGUACGGAAUUGAGUUUGUUUUAAAGACGCUUUGUUUACUUGUCAAUUUUCUGCUU